CUUGUGAAGUGUUGACCUCAUGCUUGGUAAUCUCUUUAUCUGUACUGUUCAGCCAGCGUCGAAAAUGGACAGCGAGCUAAUCUCUAUGGGAACAUUGGGUAAUACCGUUGCAUAACAUUUCAUCUUGGUAAAAGCCUGGAGAUCAAACCUUGGCUACACAAAAACAUAACAGUCCCCCAACCACAAAGGUGUGUUUUUCUUCUACCUUCAAACUACAGCAUUCAAAUGGCAUACUGUAUGUUGCGUCCUCAGUGAGCACAUUAGCCUCAUUUUUGCUUCCCUGAAAAAAAUGAGGCCAUUUGAGGGGAUUGAGAAAGACCUAAAUUAAAGCAGGAUUAGAGUUCAUGACACCACCUUAAUCCAGCCUCCCACCGCGAGGAUGCAGGUAGGAACAGGGGUGUGGCCAGGAAAGCUCUGCAUGCAGGCCUGUUGUCUGUCCACUUGACUGAUGGCUCCAAUGGACGUCCCCCCCUCCCAUCCCUUCCCCUUCUGUGUUCCUUGCUAUCACUGUACAGUAGUCUGCUAGAGAGUACAGAGCAGGAGGCUAUGAUGGCAGGAUAGGACUUUCUUGAAUGAUUUCAACACAGAUUAAGCUUGAGUAUGUGAAGAAAAAUUGUUUUCCUGGGUCUCACUUGAGGAGGGCAGCAAUUUUCGCAAUGGAUUCUACAGCUGGGUUUUGAUGCAGAGCAGCAGUUUGGAAAAUUGAUGACCUUGUCCUCAGCCUGCUGCAGAGAUGCCAAGUGGUCAGUACCAUUUGACGAGCCCAAGGCUCCACCACAGCCGCUACAGCCUGACAGACAGCUCUGAUGCCAGCCCAGAAGAUGAAGAAGUAGCUCCCCCUGUGCGCUUCACCCCCCUGCAGAAGCUCACCACGGACAUGUGCAGGGACGAGAAGACCAUCAAAGACCUGAUUAUAGGCCGCAGGGUGGGCUUCUACAAAGUGCGCGGGGAGAUCGGCUAUGGGACCUUCUCCAGGGUCAAACUGGGUUUUCACGCUCUGACGAAAGACAAAGUGGCCCUGAAGAUCCUGGACAGGACAAGGCUGGACAUUCAGGCUCAGCGGCUGCUCUCCAGAGAGAUCACCAGCAUGGAGUCCGUGCAGCACCCUAACGUGGUCCGUCUGUACGAGGUGGUGGAGACGCCAAGCCGCCUCUUCCUGGUGGUGGAGUACGCAGGAGGAGGAGACCUCCACAACAGGAUCUGCAAUGAGGGAAAACUGUCUGACAACACCAGCAAGGUCACGUUCGCCCAGGUCCUUUCUGCCAUCAAAUAUUUGCACAACAACGGCAUCAUCCACCGUGACCUGAAGGCAGAGAACGUCCUGUUUACCAGCAGUGGCUGCGUGAAGGUGGCCGACUUUGGGUUCAGCACCAGGGUUUCAAACCGCAACGACGCCCUCGACACCUUCUGUGGCUCGCCGCCAUACGCUGCCCCAGAACUCUUCAGAGACGAGUCCUACCUGGGGCCUCCGGUGGACGUGUGGGCCAUGGGGGUCUUGCUCUUCUUCAUGGUGACCGGCACCAUGCCGUUCCGCGCUGACACCAUGGGCAAGCUGCGGCACUGCAUCAUAGAAGGCUCCUACACCAUCCCUCCCUGGGUGCCUGGCCCCUGCCAGAGGCUCAUCAAGGGCAUCAUGAAGCAGGCCCCCGGCGACCGUUACGCCAUCGAUCAGAUGCUGGGCUGCGACUGGCUCUUACAUGUGGAGUUCCCCUGGUCGCUGGUGUCUCACGAACCAGACAACUCUCUGCAGAGCUUGCUGGAUUCGGAGAGGGAGCUGGAGGACGAAGAGGAACAGGAGGAGGUCAGGAACGCGCUGGAGGAGCUUGGCUUUACCCAAGGCCACCUACAAAACAAUUCACUUAAAGAUAGCCGCAACCCCGUCACUGGAGUUUAUCGAAUCCUGCUGCACCAAACGCAGAAGAGGAGGGGCUGCGACACCCUGCCUGUGGUCCGGGGGAUGGUGAGGGACCCCAAAAGGGAGGGUCUCCGGGCCUACAGGGGCCUCAGACACACCUCCAAGUUUUGUGUGCUCUCAUAAGAGAAACCUCAGCACAGUUUUUUUAUACAGACCUCUUUUAUACCAACAUGAAAUUAAGAAGUAGAAGUUUUUUUUUAUUUCAUAUUUGACAUUGUUCAUGACAAUAAUUGUGUUUAUUUAUGGUAAGUGAGUUGUAGUUUUUACUGACUUUUGAUACAUUUGUUUUAUUCCUACUGCAUCUUUUGGGGAUUUCAGAAUAGUGUAUGACAUACAAGUGCCUGAUGAAA